AACUACAAAUCCCGUGAAGUCCAGUUCAUUUUCACACUAUUCUAGAAACGCGUCUUAAAAUUCAGGCUCUUACAACUUCUCGUGCUAGUUGUCUUUAGACACUUUUCCACAUUUCCACAGCUGGCUUUCCGCUUUUGGGGGGCGUGUGAAAGAUACUUCCAUUCACACUGCGUGACUGCAGUUGCUAUUUGAUUCUAAUGUUUUCAGCACAUCUUCGUCUGGAGGAUGAUGCAGAGCACCAGGUCAGGAAGCAUCGAGCUGGAGUUCAUCACAUUUCCCCCCCUUGCUCCUUUUAGUAACCCUGAUUUGGCCACAUUCAGCGGGCCAACCAGAGACUUGCGUCAUCUGACAGGUGGAUCUAUGCCGAAUACCUGGGAUAGAAGAUGCAUGAGGAAACAGAGGAGAAGGACAGAUGAUGAAAGCUGCAGUCCUAAACGGCGAAAGGUGAUGGGAGAGGAAGGAGCAGAUGAGUAUCCAAGUCCUAAAGUAAGCCAAAGAUGGUCUGUGGAGUCUAUCACCACUUCCCCUUCUGAGGCCAGCCCGGUUCAACUGCAGACUGAACCCAGGACAGAGGAGAUGGGUCUGCCCUUUACAUCCACUCCGUCUCCAUUACCCAGAGUUCCCACAGAAGGCUCAAGCAUGGAGGUGGAGGCCACUCAGAGGAGACUGCAGGAGAUAGAAGACAGGAUAACUUUGGAGGAUGAUAGUGAUGAAGAAGAGCUUGAUGUGGAACCGGCUCAGCGCAGACCAGUGCUGGUGAUGUCCGACAGCUUAAGAGAGGGGCUACAGCGGGGGAUUGGUGACAUUCUACCCCAAACAGUAGCGCAGUCAGUGAGCUGCUCCUGUAUGGAAUUGGUGUUGUGGCGCCCCCCAGAGGACCCUCUCACCCAGAGGCUGAAGGACUCUUUACAGAAACAGCAGCGCAAGCAGUUGGCAGUGAGCAGACAGACUCCCACCCCUGUACCGCCUAUCAGCAGCCCCCCACCCCAACCCCAGUUCACAGCACCCAGUGAGCAGACUUUCAGCCCGCUGUUCAGCAGCCCUGCGCUCCUCAACUCUGGAGAGGAAGACAUGGAGUUAUAGAGGGAAAUCUUUACCAAAUCCUGUGUGUGGAAAAAAGCUUUGAACUUUAUCAGUGCAAACAAGGAAUUGCCAUAAGGGGAGAGCAUAAUGAGCACUUCACAAAUGCUCACAUGAGAUUUCUCUUGUGCCAUGUAUUCUUUGUUUCAACCUGAGCUGCUUUUGUAGGUGGGACCAUAUUUGCACUAGACUAAAUGGGAAGUAUCCUAUGUGAACGUGGUCAGUGGUACAUUGGUUGAAUGAUUCAUAUUCACUCUGUUUGCUGUUGAUAGCUGUGAAAAUUAAAACACGUUACUGAUUGACAAUGCAAAAUAUUUUAGGUUUUUCUUCAUGCAGUUACUAUUAUUUCAGUGUAGUCGUAUACUGUAUACAAAUUCAGUGCGCUUGAUUUGUUACAAUCUGCCAUAUUAUUUACACGUGAUAUUUGCUUUUUUUGCAGAGAUUCAACUGGUCAAAACCUGAGACUCCUUUUAUUUUCUUCUUCAUGGUGUCCAUAUUUUAUUUUAUUUUUUUUUAAAGAUGUUGUAGUUAUGGAAAGCCACGAUUGAUGAAAUGAAUGGGAGCUUGAUGUAGGAAGGGUCACCAUGUGCUCUUGAACUGGACAGACAGAGAUAGCAGCACUAAUCUUUGUAACCGGUUUAAAUAUCUACACAACAGAAAUAUGAUUGUUGGAGGAGAUGCAUGGGCAUACAAAUCUAUUGAUUUCAGUUGUUCAAAUUACCUGGUUCUGUUUUUCUAGCUGAAGAACAAAUAGCACUUCUAAGUCUGGCUGUAAUUAUUAAACAACAGUAAAAUAAGCUGCAAACAUUGACCUAAAUUGUUUAAACGUUUUGUUUCACCUUUUUGCAAUUUAUACAUUUUGCCAAAUGUCAAAAUAUAAAAUUUGUAAAUAUUGACUAUAUCACACUAUGACAGACUUGUUUUUUUAAAUAAAAUCAGUUUGGCAAUAUA